GGCAUGCUGAGCCACCAGAUCGAAUUUUCCAAGUCGAUUGCAGAGCUGUAUAAGCCCAUCUCUGGCCGCGCUUCCGACCCCAGCACAUACACGAUCGAAGGCAACCCAGAAGGAAUCAGGGCGUGCGAGGAAUACGAGGCGAUCGUGCGCGAUCUUCAGGAAUCCCUAGUGCCCGAACUGGAGAUGAUCGAAUCUCGCGUCAUCAGCCCUGCGGAACAGCUGUUGGAGGUGAUCAAGGUGAUCCGGAAAGUCGGAGUGAAGCGAGACCACAAGAAACUGGACUACGAUCGCCACAGGGCCUCGCUCAAAAAGCUCCAGGACAAGAAGGACAAAUCGCUUAAGGAUGAGAAGGCGCUCUACAAGGCCGAGAACGACGUGGAACAAGCGACGCAGGAAUACAACAACUACAACGACUUGCUCAAGGAGGAGCUGCCCAAACUGUUCGCUCUCGAGGCGGAGUUUAUCCGCCCUCUGUUCCAGUCAUUCUACUACAUGCAACUCAACGUCUUCUACACACUGCACGAAAAGAUGCAGGGCAUCAACAUCGGUUACUUCGAUCUGACGCUGGAUAUCGAGGAGGCGUUCGAGGCCAAGCGUGGGGAUGUCAAGGAACGCGCCGAAGCGCUCACAAUCGUCCACUUCAAGACCACGGGCGGACGUCGGCCAGGAUCGAAGUUCCCUUCUGCUAAAGACAAAAUGGCUCAGGAGGGCAAGGGCGCGCGGCAAACGGACCCCGACGUUGUUGAAAACCCCCCACCUCCAUACUCUGCAAACAGCAGCCCAGGCAGCAGCUUUAUCGCCGCGGCGAAGGGCAAGCCUGCCCCUCCACCACCGAAGCCCAAGCCUUCCCGGUUCAACACCUCCGUCGAAACCGUCACAGCCUUGUAUGACUACGAGGCACAAGCGCAUGGCGACCUCAGUUUCUCCGCAGGCGACGUCAUCGAGAUCGUGCAACGGACAGAUAACCAGAAUGAAUGGUGGUCAGGUCGUGUGGACGGGAGAGAGGGACAGUUCCCUGGUAAACUUACCCCGCUCCCCCGCAUUGUCGGAACAACCCUUUAACCAGCAUCCAGGAAACUACGUCCAGUUGAACUAGCUUUACGCCAUAUCUAUAUAGCAUUCUUAAUUCUUGCUUCGUCGAUGUUGUCAUUGGUCCAACUGGAGUUACGGGAGUUCCCCCUGUAUUGCUUGACCGAAGUAGGAAUCGCCAGU